CCCUUGGCUUUGAGACUCUGGUCAUCAGACUAAGAAUAUGAACUUUUCGCAGACCGGUCUCUUGGGGUCUUCCCAGCACUCUUGCCUGAUGUCAGAUCGCCCUGCCUGUGGGGAGCCAAUGUUCCCAGCUAGGAGGCUCCAGCUCUGCCGUUAAAGGACAAAGAUCCCCCAUCCCAAAGGUGGUUAUAUGGAGAGACCAAGUCCCUCUGGUUCCUGGCUUCUCAGCAGCCUCCUCCCUCUAGCCUUCUUCGCGCUGCCUGCUCAGGUAUCAGGAGAUGCUGGCAAGUCCUACCAGGCUCCACUAGGGGGCACAGCCGAGCUGCCCUGCCCUGUCGUGCUCUGGCCGGGCCUGGUGCUCAACGAGGUGAGGUGGCAUCGGCCCACACACCCGCAGCACACCCAGGCUGUCCACGUGCUCCGGGAUGGGCAGGACACUGAUGAAGAACUGAUGCCGGAAUAUAAGGGCAGGACGGCGCUGGUAAGAGCAGCCCAUGAGCGAAGCUACACUCUGCAUAUCAGUAAUGUGAGGCUGGAGGACCGAGGGCUGUACCAAUGCCAGGUCCGGAUCGGAAACAUGAGUCAAGAGGGCAACGUGACCCUGCAAGUGGCAGUUUUAGGUUCCGAUCCCUACAUCCACGUUGAGGGCUUUGACGCUGGGUGGGUCCAGCUGGUGUGCCGAUCAGUGGGGUGGUUCCCGAAGCCGUGGACCGAGUGGAGAGAUGCCGAGGGGAGAGUGCUCCCGCCGUUUUCGGAGGCCCACGCCCUGGACGAGACAGGCCUGUACCGAACAGCAGUGUCCAGCAGAAUCAGGGACAGCGCCCGGGGCAAUGUGUCCUGCACUGUCCGCAACAAGGCGUUCGACCAAGCGAAGACCACCGCCAUGGUUAUCGGAGCCCCAGCUCCGGGAAGUCUGUCCUCUCCAGAGGUGGCUCUCUCUGUGGUCUUGCCCAUCUUGGGACUCCUCAUCCUUCUUGGCAUUUGGCUCAUCUGUAAACAAAAAAAAUCAAAAGAGAAGCUGCUCUAUGAACAGGCGAUGGAGGUAGAAAAUCUUCUGGAAGACCAUGCCAAAGAAAAAGGAAGACUCCACAAAGCCCUCAAGAAACUCCGGAGUGAACUGAAGUUGAAAAGAGCUGCUGCCAAUGCAGGCUGGAGAAGAGCCCGGCUGCAUUUUGUGGUGGUGACCCUGGAUCCUGACACAGCACAUCCCAAACUCAUCCUGUCUGAGGAUCGGAGAUGUGUGAGGCUUGGCGACAGGAAGCGGCCUGUCCCUGACAACCCAGAGAGGUUUGAUUUCGUUGUCAGCGUCCUAGGCUCCGAGCACUUCACAACUGGCUGCCACUACUGGGAAGUGUACGUGGGUGAGAAGACCAAAUGGAUCCUUGGAGUGUGUAGUGAUUCUGUGAGCAGGAAAGGGAAGGUCACAGCCUCACCUGCCAAUGGUCACUGGCUUGUGCGACAGAGCCACGGGAAUCAGUACGAAGCUCUCACGUCCCCGCAGACCUCGUUCCGCCUCAAAAGUGCCCCAAAGUGUGUGGGGAUUUUCCUGGACUAUGAAGCAGGCAUCAUCUCCUUCUACAAUGUGACUGACAAGUCGCACAUUUUUACUUUCACCCACAGUUUCUCUAGCCCACUACGCCCUUUCUUUGAACCUUGUCUUCAUGAUGAGGGGAAAAACACGGCGCCCCUGAUCAUUUGUACUGAACUUCAGAAAUCAGAGGAAUUGAUUGCCCCCAAACAAGAAGGAAAAGGCCAUGCUAAUGGAGACGUGUCCCUGAAAGUGAAUCCGUCCUUACUAUCUCCCCAGGAAUCUGAGCUUUUCCUACUCAAUGAUACCUGGCACUCUAACCUUGGCCCUGCCCUUCAGGGGCUCAAGGCUCCUUCUUUGUAGAGCUGUGCCUUGUGCUGCACUCCCCCGGGCAUCCAGCCUGGCACUCUGGACUCAGGCUCCUGGCCCAGAGCCUGUUUUCUCCAGUACCGAAUCUCCUUGACCCAGAUCCAGACCUUUCUGUGGUUCCUGUUUGAGCCCACUUUCCCCAGGGCUCAAUUCUGAACUCUGCCUUUUUUCCCUAGAGACUAGACCUUUCCAUUGCUCUGGUAGAUGACUUCCUGAAAUAAACAAAGCGUACACUUUAGAAGUCUAAUAGGAGACACUGGAUGGAACGCAGCAGGGUUCAGCGCAGGCUCAGGGGAAAGGGUUCCCUCUACCUCAUUGAACCUCAACCAGCAGCUUGUCAGCGUGCACAGUGGGAAGUUACAGCAUCUCUCCCCCAAUCCUGACUUCUUCCAUCAAAGCCUGCUCUUCUCUUUUCCCUCCAUCAGGCCUCUAACUCCAGAGGCCAGCUUUGUUCAAUUAAACGUCUUGUGAAUCACA